CUCGAUUCUACAGAAGCAGCACCCAGCAGUUAGUAUGUCGGGAGAGGGGGAUCAGUUGCAGCCCAAAGCUGUGCCCAAGGCGCCCACCAUCACCUCUGCCUUCAUCAACAAGGGCGCAAAGACAUUCGCGCCCAAGAAGGCGGUUCGACGUCGACCUGCACCUGCCGCGCCUAAGCCACCCUUGCCUUCCACCUCCACUACAGAUACCACUUUCGAACCGCCUCCGCAAACCGAAUCGCAAACUCGAGCAGAUCCUGCCACCGCCGCAGAGCAGAGUCAACCACAACCCGAUUCUUCGCCCUCUACCGACCAACAAGCAACCGCGCCGCUUCCCACACCCGCUGCGACCCAAGAGCCCUCCCAGCAAAAUGUGCCUCACACCAAUCUCGUACAUGCAUCGUUGACAGCAGUUGCUCCUGGCCCGACCGCCGCAUCGUUACCCACACCCGCCUCGGACGAGAAUGCCGUACCUCGACCGGAAGAUAGCGCCGCUACGUCCACACGACCUACGACACGAAUUACCACUCCACCCGUGGCUGCUGCGGAGACAGAGUCUGGGCGACCAGAAUCAGAAGUACGCGAUGAAGGCCAAGCACAACAGACUGGACCAGACCCAGUUGUUGCCGAACCACUAGUCGCCUCACAAGAAGAGCCAGUACUCUCGACGUCUGGAGGGGGAGUGCGACUGGAGCAGACGACUGAUGCUGUCCCAGAACGGGGCCCAGAGAUUGCGGCCGAGACCACCGUGGAUAUCGUUACAGCUAUCGAAGACGUCAGUCCAACAACAGAAGCCUUUGUUACCUGUGCAACUCCUUCGGAACCACCUGCAGAGGCCGCAUCCUACACAGAAUUGCAAAAUGCAAGGCCCAUUUACACACCUGCUCCACAAGCCACGACGGAUGCCACGGGAGAGCGGUCAUGGAAUGCCGUUAAUGCUACAGUUGACCGCGAACAAGCGCCAACGACAACAUCACAGCCUCGCAAACCCCCAGGAAGACGCAGGCGGAAGGCGGUCACACUCCGAAAUAUGGAUGAGGAGGAAGGGGAGGAGGAGGAGGCCAGACUGCGAGAUACUGGGGGGGUGGGAGAUGAUUACGUGCCGCCACGACCAGUACGACAAAGUGCAAAGGCCAGAGGCAAGAGAAAAGCGGCAGAUGCGACUGUUGGCGAAGAAGAUGGCGCCACACAACCACCUCCCAAGAAGAAACGGCAACCCACGAAGGCGAAGGCAAAAGGCCCAACACCCACUGGUUUUGGAAAGGACGUCGCAGCAAUAGUAGAGAAUGAGGCUGGGGAGAAUGUCGAGAAUGCGCAAGGCGGAGAAAAUGGUCAAAGCGCAGAGAACGGAGAGAACAUCUGGGCAGUCACCCACCCGACCCCAUCGAGGAAAAGGAAGCGCCAAAGUACUUCGCAACCCAGUGUCGAAGGUGAACAACAACUGAAACGAAAGGGUCGACCUCCGAGAGCGCCGACUCCCUCAGACGCUGAAGAUGAGGUCAUUGAUGAGGACAGCUUCUUUAUGGACGAUCUUGCGCGGCGAAAUGUACGCAUUGGAAAGCUGUCGCAACGCGAAAAGAAAAUGCGCGAGAUCAACUGGGAGGAAGUUAAACAACGUCAAAAAGAAAAAGAAGCCGAGCAAAUGAAUAGCCGAGCUGUGCAUGCGGAGAUGGAACGCCAGGCGCAAGAAAAGGAGGACGCAGUUCGUACCGCACAAGAGCAGGUCCGAUACGAGAACGUGGGAGGCGAGAUGCGGAUCGUCCAGGGGUCGGGUCAGGUAAACUACGAAGAAAUCGCCGACAAUAUGUAUGCGGAGGAGGUCGUUGAGGAAGACGACUUCACAAACCGCAUUACGUCCCGGAGCUUCAUGCGGAACAACAAGCGAUAUCCCGAAGAGUUCCUGUUGCCCGGUCAAGGCAAGCGGUGGGACAUCAGAAGCACGCAAGACUUCUACGACGCGCUCAGGAUGUUUGGCACUGACUUUGGCAUGAUGACUACGCUUUUCGAAGGUGUCUCGCGCCGCUCGCUCAAGCUCAAAUUCACCCGCGAAGAGCGAAAGCAGCCGGAGGUCAUCAAAGAAAUUCUGCAGCAGAAGGAGACACGGCUGGGUAACUGGGACGACUUUUUGAAAGCGUCUGGCAAAGAGAACGAGCAGUACGAUCGAGUCGAACGGAUCAAACAGGAACUAGAGGCCGCAGAGGAGGAUGCGAGAAGGCAGAUCGAGGAGGCCAAGGCGGAGUAUGAAGAGGAGAAGAGGCAGAAGAGAUUGGCUGGGUUUAUGAGUGACGAAGAAGGAGGCGAAAACGAAGCGGGGAAGCGGAAGAAGGGCAAGAAGGGCAAAGAAAAGCAGGUGACGUUUCAGGAUGAGGACGUGGAGGUUCUCGAGGUCGACGAGAACGACGGUUGGGGCGCGGAAUAGAUAUGCAAUGGCAUCGCUUGAAUCGGGUUUGUUGGAGGUGCCGCAUUAUUUGAGGGACUUUAUCGGCGCUUGGAUUGUAUUGAGAUACCCCUAAGCAGUAUAAAUGCUGCUUUCAUGCUUUGAUCGUAUGUACGACGCAAGAUAGCCACG